AUGGAGCAGCAGACAGCAUCUCACCACGACACAGGGUCCGAAGAGGAAGAAGAGAAGGAGAGGUGGCACGAGCUGGUGGAUGCACUCUUCAGGUCUACCAGAGCGCAGCGGGAGGAGGUCUUCGCGAGUCUCCCCCAGAGCUGCCGCCAGCCACUACUCGCCUGGAUGGGCCGACUGCCUCCCGCCGGCCAGCAGCACGUGGUAGAACAUGAAGGGGAAGAGGAGGAGCCCUACGACGUAGAGGCGACUCACCUCCGGCAGCUCGACUCUCGGGGGCGGCCAACAUCAGAGGAGACCACGGCUACUUCGCCAACCGCCGCUGCGGCUGGGGCAGAGGGAGAAACGUCUCAGGGGAGGGAGGAGGACACGAAGAAGGGGUGGAUGUCCAUGUGGAGGGAGAAGCAGCGCAGCAGUUGGCUGCGGGUGCGGCAUCCGCUGAAGGACACCCUGCUUCCCCUUUGGCGAUCCCUCUUCCCCUCCCCGCGCACCUACAGCUACGGCAUCGAGACGCCCUUCUCCUGUGCAUACAAGCUCUCCCUCGUACCUCUGUUCAACUCGCCGUGGCCAUCAUCGGUGCACAAGGCCGCGUGGUCGUGGUUGGGCGCAUUUGUGGGCAUUGCGGUGACGGGGCUGGUGGCGCAGUACGCCUUGCCCUCGGACGUGCCCAGCUUCUUUGCGGCCGAGGGAGCUGCGGCCACCCUCAUCUUUGCACUGCCGGACCUGCCCACCGCCCAGCCGCGCAACAUGAUCGGGGGAGGCGCCCUAUCUUCGCUACUGGCGGUGGCCUUCCAGAAGGCGUUUGCCUCCACGUCGCUCACAUGGCUCGCGGGCGCUCUGUCGGUCGCCACCGCCAUUGCCGCCAUGGCCAUCACCGGUACCAUGAACCCGCCCGGCGGCGCGUUGUCGCUGUUGUACAUCGUCACGCCGAGCUUACACGUCCUCGGCUGGUGGUACAUCGGCGUGGCGAUCAUGAACGUGCUCAUCCUCAUCCUGGUGGGCAUCCUUGUAAACAACAUCCCUCGAGCCAUGCAAUACCCGACCUAUUGGCUUUGA